AUGGAGAAACCGGAUGAUAAACCUCCAUUUGUCAUCUUCUUGCUUCGGUCUGAGAUAGUAGGAUUUGAACUCGAGGUUCUUGCUGAUCCUAGACUCCUAACCCUCACCUUGAAUACUGCACAACUUAACCAGCAAAAUCUUCAAACUCGGAGGAUGUCUAGGCAAACAGCAGAAGUUACAAUGUUGGCUUUUGAGGACGGAAAAAAUCUGAAUGGAACUCUUCUAUCUGCUCUAGGUCGUGUUUUAGUCGUGGUGGACAAGCACCUUGGGAAGAGCCAUGGAAUACAAAGGACAAGGGAACUAGCUGCAGAGCAUGCAAACCUUGCUGCACCAGCUAUUGAUUCUUUACCUGAAACUGAUGAUGAGAAAGUAAGGAGAUCGAGGAAGGCUCUAGUCGAUCUCACUCAAAUCGGAGAUACGAAGCUUUCUUUAUCAGUUCUCUGGCAGGACGUUGCUGUGUUUAGUGAAAAUAUUUUCUACCAUCUGGUAUUCCCUAGACGGACUAAAGAGUUCUUCCUCAAGUGGGGUUUUGAUGUCAAUUAG